AUAUAUGUAGUAUGUAUAAUGAGCAAAUGUGCGCAAAUAGCGCUUCUAUUCAUCGCUUUAUAAGGAAACUACUAAAAGUUGUGAAAUAAUAUGCCAGCUAAAAAGUGAUUGAAACAAAUAAUUUUGUAAUCUCGAAUACAAAGAAAACAGCCUGGAUAAUAAUAUUAAUAUUUAUUUAAUAUUAUUUUUUUCUAAUUUUUGUCCUCGUGAUUAUUUUGUUGAAGAGAACUAUAUGGCUGCAUAAUCGUUUAUCCAUUAGCCGCAUGAAGUUAAUGAGAGAUGGCGGAACGGCAACAAUCGCCAUCUGAAUCAAAGCGUAUGUCAUUGGAUAAAAUAAUAGAUGCAAUGACUGCGGACUUGAAGAAUCCAAGUGAAAAUUAUGUGCAAUUCGGAGCAACACAGUCACAAACAACGACACCGAGUUGGGGACACUAUUUGACAAGUAAUAGCAGAAAUUAUUCAGCAAAUCAAUCACCUCCGCUGUCGCAUCAAGUUCACCAUCCAAAUUCAACUCCAAAUAUAUUACCGGUUAACUCUGUAUCCCCGCCGAUUUAUAUGCAAGAUGUUCCAAGAUACAACAACACCAAUAAUAUUGGAGAUCCUAUUUAUUUUUCAUCACAAGCAGUUAAUCAUUUGGGAAUAAAUGAAAAUAAUGAUUUGAUUGGUACAAUCGAUGUUGGCGGUGGCAAUUAUAUCAACGUGAUUUACGGUAAUGGACCAGUGAUUGUUUCAGAUCAAUGCCAAGUUAAUAAUUUAUCUGGGUAUAAUGGGCAUCAGAGCGUUGCUAGAGAUCGUGAGUAUGGGCUUUUCAAUGAACCGCGAGUACCUGUUCAACAUAACAGCAAUUGCCAUCAAAAUACAAAUGGCAAACAACUUAUUGAUAAUCUUGUUGGUAAUUGGGUACCAAACCAAUCAGGUACUUACAGUCCAUUUGGUAGCUCGCCGAAUGUUACUCCAGUACAAAAUUCUAUUAGUGUUGGCGCAGUUGAACAAAAAAAAGAGGUUGAAGAAUUACCCAAGAGCUCGCCUCAUUCACAGCCGAAAAAACAGAGAAUUGUUGCUGAAGUUAAACCAAUGAGACCAUCAUACUCAUCUGUACUCACUAAAUCAGCUCCAUCACCUUCAUUGCCUCUAAAUACAUUGACUGCUAAAACACAAUCGGAUAAUGGAUUGAAAAAAACAGCUGGUAAAAAUUCUAAAAGCAAGAAUAAAAUCGGUUCAUUAAAGCGACAGAAUUCUUCGGGAAGUGACGAUCAUGGUUCACCUAAAAUUCAAGUUCCUAAAAAAUCAAUUGAUAAUAAAAAUCAUAAUAAUUUAUCACGACGUUGGGUUUCAUUGGAUAAUCUUGAAAUACACAGUGAAUCUCAUGAAAUGGAUGCAUUUAAUAGAUCUGAUCAAUUUGAGAAACGUAAAAGCAUUAAGACUUCUAAGAAAAAUGAUAAAGAUGAAACUUUGUAUAAUAAUAAAUUACAAAAUGGCAAUAUUAAAUCACCUGGUAAUAUACAAAAACGUCCAAUUCAAAUAAAUAAUAAUCUUAAUAAUUCGUUCAGUAAUUUUAAUCAAGCAACGAUGACAGAAAAAAUUGAUAAAAAUCAGCAGCUCAAUAAUAGCAGCAGCAGCAGCAACACUAAUAAUAAUAUUAACAAUAAUAAUAACAGUAGUAAUAGUAGUAAAAGUAAUAAAGAGGAAAAAAAAUUAAUAAAGGAUAAAAAUUCAAAACGUUUUCAUGCUGAAAAAGCUCAGCAAAUAAAAAAAGGUCAGAAAUAUCGGAAACGUGAUAAUCGUGAUUUUCCCAUAAAAGAUUUUUGUAAAAAUUUAAACAAAUAUGCAAAUCGUUGGUGUAAAGUUUUUUUAAAAAUUUGUACAUGGUUACUACAUCUAAUUUCAGAUGUAGUAAGUAUGAGUACUAAUCUUGUGAUACAAUUUUUAAAAUGCAUGUGGUUUCACACUGUAUUAUAUUUAAAAUACUCAUGGGGUUAUGUAGUGUCAACAUUUCCCAAAAUACGUUUUUUAAAUGCCAUAGGAAAACGAAUAGACGGCUGGCUUGGUAAUAGCAGAUUUGCAUUCUGGCGACGUAUCAAAGCAAAUAAUAAAAAAUUAGAUAGAGAAGAAAAUACAAAUUGGAUACCAGGUAGAUUGGAAACAAAUAUAUCACUGCCAAGCACCGGAGAAGAAGCAAUGAAAAGGUUAUUAGCUUGUAAAGGAAAAGAUCCUUACAGUAUACUAGGAGUUACUCCGACGUGCUCGGAUGAUGACAUUAAAAAGUAUUAUAAACGACAGGCCUUUUUAGUUCACCCAGACAAAAAUAGUCAACCAGGUGCAGAAGAAGCAUUUAAAAUUCUUGUUCAUGCUUUCGACAUUAUAGGCGAACCGGAACGAAGACAAGCAUUCGAUCAGUCGAGGCAAGUUGAAGCGGCUUGGGGAGAAUUAAGUGAUUUAUUAUCUCAAUUACAUCGAAAAAUGGAACAAGCGGCUAAUACAAUUAGAUGUACGAACUGCGGAUUGAGGCACAAACGAAUUCCUACUCAAAGACCUUGUUAUGCAGCAAGAUUUUGUAGUCAAUGUAAAAUUCGUCAUAGUGCAAAAGAAGGCGAUAUUUGGGCAGAAUCACGAGUUAUGGGUUUUUUAUGGCAUUAUUACGCUUGUAUGGAAGGAGCUGUGUAUGACGUAACCGAUUGGGCUGCUUGUCAAGCUGGUAAUCUCAAACAUUUACGGGCAAAUACACAUAGUGUUCAAUACCGGAUUGUCUUGGGACAACGUCCGUCGACUCAGUCACCCAGCAGUGGUAACAAAAAGCGACAACAUAUGGACUCUAAUCCAACUGACGCUGAUUUUGAAGAUUUUUUAAAUAAUCUGUACACACACAAUAAAUCGGGCACGUCGACUACUACUACUACUACUACUACAGAACAACCGACUGCAAAAAGUGAUAACCGUCGACGAAAAACAAAACGCAAAUAAGGGAUAUAAUGUUAAUACAUGGGUGUUUUUAUGAUCUCUUAGCAAUGCACUUUGUAUAUCGUUAUCGAUAAUGGCUAAUGGAUCCACUUUUUAUUUUUUGUGUA